UCAUUUUUUAAGAUAUACUGAGACGGUUUUCAAAAUAUUUGUCAGACGUUCUCUCUCUCCAUCCAGACGCAGGUUUGCAGUUGCAGCACAAGCUAGCAGUGUUGAAAAUCGGAAUCGAAAGCAAUGGAGAAAGGAAUUCAAAACUGGAGCGAAUCGGUGGAAGACCUUGUAGACGCCGGCGACGUGGAAUCCGCAAUCUCACUCCUCGAAUCCGUCGCCGAAACCCUAAACCCUUCCGAUUCGGCCUCUGCUCUCUCCGACUUGGCCAACCUUUACUCCUCCAGAGGCUUCUCUCUCAAAGCCGAUCACCUUCUCUCUCGCGCUUCUCUCCUCAAACAGCUUCACCAUUCCAAUACCCCUGCCGAACGAGUUCCGAAAGAGUCCAAGGAGGACGGAGUCGUUAAAUCAACCACUGUUGCUUCGCGUCGUGCUGCUGAAGGAAGCGUUGAAAAGCGUGGGGAGUUUCCUGCUCAGACCUCCGCCGCCGGUGGUUCUUCCGAUGAAGAUUGGGAAGCAAUAGCCGAUCUUGAACCUGAUGAGUUACUGCCCACGGUUUCCUGGGAUUGUUCAUCUGGAAUAUCGAAUCUUAAAUUGGAGAAUGCCAAAAGUGGAACCCCAAAAAGACGCGGAAGAGGAACAUUCUCUUAUGAGAAAAAGGAGCUUUAUAGUGACCAGUUACUUGAUAGGUCGGUCGUUGAUGUUGAGCGGGAAGAGACUCCCCGUAGUUCAGAAGAUAAUACAGAUGUACAAAUAUCAAAAUAUGGGACCGGUCAUGUUCUUGUUCUGGCUGACUUUUCACCAAGUACUAGGACGACAGAGCUAGAGAAGCUUUUUGAGAACUUCCAAGAUCGUGGAUUUGUGAUUCGUUGGGUCAAUGAUACAGUUGCUCUUGCAGUAUUCCGAACACCUGCAGUUGCACUAGAGGCUCUAAACAGUGUUCGUUGUUCAUUCACCACGAGGAUACUUGAUGAAGAUGAUACACUUCUUAGUUCGAUUAAAGCAAGAGACUUGGAACCACCACGGCUACGACCGAAAACUUCAGCCCAAGCAGCACAGAGGUUGAUUGCUCAUGGCAUGGGGUUAAAAUUGUCAUCUACGGGCGUUGGGUCCCGAGAAUAUAGAAAGCAAGAAGAUGCUAGGAGGGAACGUAUCGUUACCAGGCAAAAAUUGAGAGAUGAGGCUUGGGGAGACCAUUAAUAUCCUGUUAUAGUACUAACUUGUAACCCCAUUUUCCAAAGCCCCAGAAAAAUAAAUAUAUUGUAUCUUUCAUUAUUUAUAACUUAUAACUUACUUAAGGGAUUUAUUAUUCUCUCCUUUUUUCUAAGUUCAUCUCCAACUUUCUAAUAAUUUUUUUUUAUCAAAAUACUCUUGACAGAAAAACUUUCUGUUGUGUAUUUAAAUGGAAAUAUAUUUUCAUUGUGUA